AUGGCGUGUUGGUGCGAGACGAACGACAAGGAGAAGACCAAGUCCAUCAAGGAAGCCGAGGCGCGCAUCGCUGCCCUCGAGGUCAAGAUCGAGGAGGAUACCGCCGCCAGCGCUCGCCUGGCGACAGAGAUCAAGAACACCGAACAGGAGGUGUCCAAGAACCAGGAGUCGCUUGACCAGGCGACGGCGAUUCGUGAGAAGGAGUUGGCAGAGUUCAACGCUGAAGAGAAAGAAAUGCUCGAGGCAAUUUCCGCGUUGAAGGCUGCAGUCACGGUGCUGUCGAAGCACCACGGCGGCGCCUCCUCCGCGUUCCUGCAGGUCGCCGCCGAGACGGCCCAAGACGACCAGUGA